UCGCCGUAACACGGAAAGACACGAACCAGAGGCGGCUCCGGUCAUAUAUAUAUAUAUAUUUAUAUGAUUGACUAGACGCUCCGUUCACCUUUACUGAUAAAAAUGGUUUUCAACAUGAAGGGUUAAUAGGCUGUGGACUCUUUAAAACCAACAUGUAAAGUGUCAUGGUAACCGGAGACUUGGCUAACUUUGAGUGCUAUACAGUUGAGGAUUAACGUCAGUUAGCUAGGUUACGUAGGCUGGCUCGCCAGCUGUAUAUCCUUUAUUAUAUCCUUGACACACUUUAGGAAUUGGUUCGAAAGUCACUAACUAACUAGCUAGUUUCUGACAAGGAUAUGGUCAGUUAACUAGAUAUUCAGUAGCCCUUCAAACGAUGAAAUGGCCGUUGCGGCACCUCCGCUGCACUGACAGAAAUUUGAGAGUUUAUCCAGUUAGUGAACCUUGUGUUAGCUAGCUAGCAUCACCAGGCACAAAACAAUUAAAAACCAACGCAAACUAUAGCUACGCUGGAAGCUUGCUAGUUGGGCAUUUUCGUAGCUGUCCACCAUGAGACUGAAGGCGUCGGUAUUCGCUUUGUUUUGUCUCAUAAUUGAGUUACUCGGUAUUGCCCUUUACCUGAGAGGAUUUUUUCCAGUUCCAGUGAAGUCAUCUUUAUCAUCAAAGAGCAAACUAUCGGAUCAGCCGGCCGAACCGCUGGCGGGAAGCGGGCCAAACUCAACCCAGCUCCCUCCCCCUUUAUUUAAGCGCGUGGUGAUCAUGUUGAUAGAUGCUUUGAGAGAGGACUUUGUUUUCGGCCCCAACGGGAAGAGGUUCAUGCCCUUUACGAGACAAAUCGUAGAGGAAGGGUCCUCCCACGGCUUCAUAGCCAAAGCCAGGGCCCCUACUGUCACUAUGCCAAGAAUUAAGGCCCUGACCACAGGCAGCAUUCCGGGCUUCAUCGACGUGGUGAUGAACCUCAACUCUCCAGCCCUUCUCGAGGACAACCUCAUCCGGCAGGCCAAGGACGCGGGCAAGAGGAUUGUCUUCUACGGCGACGACACGUGGGUGCGGCUCUUCCCACGGCAUUUCACAGAGCACGACGGAACCACGUCCUUCUUCGUCUCAGACUACACCGAGGUGGACAAUAACGUGACGCGUCACUUGGACAGCACCCUGAAGAGGGCCGACUGGGACGUGUUGAUCCUGCACUACCUGGGGCUCGACCACAUCGGCCACAUCAGCGGACCCCACAGCGCCCUCAUCGGGCCCAAACUCCUCGAGAUGGAUGACAUCAUCAAGAAAAUACACACCUCUCUCACAGCACGGGAGUCUGAGGACGCGCCGCCCGACCUGCUGGUGCUGUGCAGCGACCACGGCAUGUCCGAGACCGGCAGCCACGGCGGGUCGUCUGAGCCGGAGGUCAGCACCCCCCUCGUCCUCAUCAGUCUCGCCUUCCCCAGGAAAGGGGGUGCGUUCCAGCCCAGCACCGUGGAGCAGGUGGACCUGGCACCCACGCUGGCCCUGGCCCUGGCGCUGCCCAUCCCACGUAACAGCGUGGGCCGCCUCCUCCCCGCCGUGGUGGAGCAGGCUCCGCUCCGGGAACAGCUCCGCCUGCUCCACCUCAACGGCCACCAGCUCAGCUCUCUGCUCCGAGACAGCAACCCCACCUACCAAAGACAGGAUGGCUAUGAGCUGUUCCGCGUGGCAGAGAAGGCCCAUGGGAACUGGAUGAAACUCUAUCUGGAAGGCAACACUUCCGAGGUGCUGGGCAACUUGGGCAGGAAGGUGCUGAAGCAGUAUCUGGAAGCUCUGCAGUCCAUGAGCCUGGCUCUCAGCAAGCAGCUAGGCAGAUACGACAUGUACUCCAUGAUUGUAGGCAUGGGUCUCAUCUUAGAGGUACAAUGCACACGCGCACGCACUCCGUUUUGAAGCAGGACUAAUCUUGUCCUCUUCCUCAUCCCAAGUUCCAUCGCGGCUUAAAGCAGGCAGGGAGGUUUCUGCGGCUGGUUAUCUUAAAAUAUGCAGUGCACCUCCUGUUCUGAAAAACAUCCGAGACGUGCUUGACGUUCGCUGGUGUCAGAUUCUCGCCCCCUCUGGUUGACGGUCCAUUGGCAUAACUGGGCAAAACGGCAGCUGCAGUCAAAGAUUCCUUGGUCAGAGCCGCAUAGUGGUUUGGCACGCGGGGAGCGCGGCAUUAGCUUGGUGCGGCAUCAAGGUGAGCAGACGGCCUUAGCCUGAAGGGCCCCCUGCCCCCUGCACCCGCAGUCAAUCUUCAGCCAAGUCAUUAAGUGCUCCAUUAGUCUUUAGUCUGACCCUCUUUCCUCAUGGCCUCUGAAGAACUCGCCGAACUCAUCUCGAUGGCCACUUUGGAGAAUCGGACCUCGGCUGUGACUUUUCCUCACGCCGGUUGACCGAAACACCUUUUUUUCACCAUCUCAAAGUUGAAAGCUAACCAUAGAAUUAGACCAGUGUUAACAUGUUAACACUGGUCUGUAUUAAACUAAUCAUCACCAUUUCAUUAUAAUUACCACUAAUUAUGAUCAGCAUGGUUCCUUUUCCCAAUCACUUUGCGGGGCUAUUCGAAGUGAGUAGAGGCCAGCCGAGCACCCCCUGAGAACCCGCUGUAUUUUGGGAAGAUCACAUGACCCAGUAGGCCCAGCAUUCCUUGACUUUUAUUGACUGACUGUAGACUGCAGUCUUUUAAUAAUUGAUUACACCUUUAUGGGAUUGCAGAAUGGUUUGUUUUGUCAAAGGUGGCUGUCUGAAAUGAGAGUAAGCGCUCAGGAUUGUCAAGCCCUUUAAUCCGCCACCUGGAGAAUGAACGUCUAAAUUAUUACUGUAAUGCAAGAUAAUUAGGGAAAACUAUUAUAAAUUAGGACUAUUAUAUUAAGCUUGGUUAAUUUGGGAGAAGUUCCAUUUUCCCAUGGUAAGAACGUCUUAAAUGUCAUGCACAUAAUCAAUAAUAAACAUAAUCAGUAAUGAGCGUUAUGGUAAAAUUUUACUUUCAACAGUUAAGGCCCCUGUAAUUUGAGAAAAUGGACUUCGGUUUUCACUAUAAAGGCUUCUUUUCACAGCCGUCGGUCUGUUAAGGUGUUUUGCCCGAGGGUGGCGUUGAGGUGACACCCCCUGCGGCUACGUUCUGUUUCAGCAUUGUUUAAUCAUCGUGUUAAAUGAAGCGUGGCUGUUCCGGAAGUCAGCAGAUUUGCCCAGUGGAGCUCUUUUUUGUUUUUUUGGCGGCCGCUCCGCUCAUCCAACAUCGGUCUCUUCGUCCUCUUCGCCGUCACAGCCGCCUCCUCCUGAGGUUAAACUUCCGAAAGAACGCCGCCUCGCGCCGACUCAAAGGAAGAAUGCGCAUCACGAGAUCCGGCCGGCGCGGCGCGGCUCCCACGUGGCGUCUGUCACACGCAUCAACAGUGCUCGCACAUCCCUGCUUACCCGACCGACAGAACAGCAAAAAAACUCGUUUGAUGGCAUGCUUCUUUAUUUUUAGGUUUUUGUUUUCCCUCCACUCCAUCUGCGUUUUAUUAUUUAAAUGGGUCAUUUGAUGGAGGGGAAAAAAGCGUGAGGAAAUGACACACAAAAUCGUGACGCUGAACACCAAACUCCUGCAGCUGUUGGGGCGUUUCAGUUCGGUCGAUUCCUGGCUGGCAGACUGAAGGACGGAUACUGCCGUUAGUUUGGGGGUGCGGCUGCUUGUUUUUUUGAUCAUUUUAGGAUCAAAACAUGUUGAAACUUUGCAAUCCUAUUUAAACCCUUUCUUUCUGGAAUCCACAGUGUGGGAAGGCUCUAAAAGGCUCAGGGCGCCACAUGCCCUAAAGCCAUCCUUGUCGUUUUAUGUUAAUAACGAUGUCACGUUUUCAGCCAAAGCUCAGCGCAUGUGUGUGUGUGUGUGUGUGUGUGUGUGUGUGUGUGUGUGUGCCCAUGCACUGACAGGAGAUUCCGACUUGGCCUCACCCAUCUCUUUCGGUGGCGGUGUUUAUUUUUGGGGGGGGCAGGUUUACUGCGUUGCAAAAAUUGCAGAGGUCUUUGAGGUGGUUCGUUAAACGCAGUGCCCCAGCCACAGAAAGGGAAGUACAAACGAGGGAGCGCAGCAGAGCCAGGAUGAGGGGGGAGGGGGUGUGUGUGUGUGUGUGUGUGUGUGUGUGUGUGUGUGUGUGUGUGUGUGUGUGUUUGUGUGUGUGUGUAUGAGUAUGAGUGAAACUGGCAAGGACGCGGUGGCCCGUCCUCCAGAUGUCGAUGCUCUACGGAUAGGCCCCACGUGAGCAGAGUUCAUUCGGCAGCUAGGGAUAAGGAAAUCUUUCUCCCAGAUCAGUGCUGUCUUUUAAGCACUCAGCAGCUUGUAAGUGAGAGAGAGUUGGAAUCUGAUCCCCAAUCAGAAGUUGUUUCGCAUAUUCGCUUCCCUCGCAUGUUGUUCUUUCUCCAGCACAUGCGGAUGUGUCCCUCCCAGUAAAGCACGUUCACAGUUUAGGGAUUGCACGUGCAUCUGCUCAGUCUUCACACACACACACACACACACACACACACACACACACACACACACACGUUA